AUGUUUUCUAUUUUUCCGUUGCAGGAAGAUCCGGCGCAAACUACAGUUGAUGUGCAACAGUUACGUGACAAAAUUCAGUCACUUUCUUCUCAGAAAACCAAUAUAGAACGCGAAAUUCAGUCGCUGAGUGGCAUACUUUCAGAGAAUGACCAAGUUGGUUUGAAGGGAAAUUUACUUGAUAACGAAGGAUUUCCGCGAAAUGAUAUUGAUUUGGUGGCAGUACGAACCGCCCGAAAUCGGAUUAUCAGAUUGAAUAAUGAUCAUCGGACUGUGAUGGCUGCACUGGAAACUGCUUUGCAUCAGAUGCACGAUCUUGCUCGUAAGACUGGUGCAGACAGACCAUCGGAAGAGGCCAUGGACCUGGAUCAAGAAGUACCGUCCUCAGCUCCUUUAAAUCCCGAUUCUGCGUUGUCUCCUUUCUUGCUAAUCGAUGAAGUUCGUCCUGGAUCCGUGGCCGAGCAGUCUGGUUUAGAAGUUGGCGACUUGAUAUCGAAAUUCGGCUCAGUUAAUGCGGACAAUUUUUCGGGAUUGCAGGAUAUCGCAUCGGUUAUGCGUAACACUCCGCCACAAGGUGUCAUUCCGUUGAUUGUGCAGAAAACAUCAAAACAGAACCGGAUGUAUCACAUUGAAUUGGUUAAACCAGCUAGCGCUGUCGGAUUCGGGUGA